CACCGCAGCGCCAUCUCGCCAAGUUCCGGUCCUUUUACAUGUGGAAAAGCUACAAUGAAGAUCGGAUUGUGCGCAUUUAGUGGCUACAAAAUCUACCCCGGCCACGGGAAAACAAUGGUCAAAGUCGAUGGAAAGACCUUCACAUUCCUCGACAAAAAAUGCGAGCGAUCCUACUUGAUGAAGAGGAAUCCGCGCAAGGUGACCUGGACAGUGCUGUACAGGCGAAAGCACAAGAAGGGCAUUGAGGAGGAGGCCGUGAAGAAGCGCUCCCGCCGCACGCAGAAGUUCCAGCGAGCCAUCGUCGGUGCCUCCUUGACGGAGAUCCUCGCCAAGAGGAACAUGAAGCCCGAGGUGCGAAAGGCUCAGCGAGAGCAGGCCAUCAAGGCGGCCAAGGAGCAGAAGAAGACCACAAAGGCUGCCAAGAAGAUCGAAAAGGCCCCGCCAACGAAGAGCAAGCAGCAGCAGAAACAAAAGGCGGCCAAGAUCAGCCAGAAGGCCGCUCCUCGUGUUGGUGGCAAACGCUAAAUCGUCUCCGGGUGGCUGAAUAUACCUAAAAACGGAAAUAAAGAGAGAAUCCUCUGAA